CCCAGAAAUCCCAAACCCGAAAAUGUGCACAAACGCUCUCCUGUGAGAGAAGCCCGCACGGGAUGCUCGGCGCAGCGGUGAACCGAUAACCGCGUUGCGGGACAUGUCUGGUGACGUAUCCGUGCUGGAAGUGGUGACGGUCGUCGGAAGGGCGGUGUGCGCAGGCGCGGCGCUGACAGCCGCACUCUACCUGAUCCGCAGAGUGUGUUUAAUAAUGGCCUGGAAAUCCGGAGGAGCGAGCCAUGCGGAGCUCGUCAACAACCUCCGCAAAAAUGGGAUCAUUAAAUCAGACCGCGUGUAUGAAGUUAUGUUGGCCACAGACCGUGCCCACUUUUCCAGAUGUAACCCGUACAUGGACUCGCCACAAUCUAUAGGUUACCAAGCAACAAUCAGUGCACCACAUAUGCACGCGUACGCCCUAGAGCUCCUCCAUGAUCACCUGUACGAAGGAGCCAAGGCUCUGGAUGUGGGGUCCGGCUCCGGGAUCCUGUCCGUCUGCUUUGCCAGAAUGGUCGGGCCGAAGGGGAAGGUGAUUGGCAUUGAUCAUAUAAAGGAGCUUGUGGAGGAUUCUAUAGCCAACGUAAAGAAAGACGACCCUAGUUUGAUCUCUUCAGGAAGAAUCAAGCUCAUUGUUGGAGAUGGAAGGAUGGGCUAUACGGAAGAAGCACCUUAUGACGCCAUACAUGUCGGAGCCGCAGCUCCCACGGUGCCACAAGCAUUGCUGGACCAGCUAAAGCCAGGCGGGCGUCUGAUUCUGCCGGUCGGGCCGGCGGGAGGGAACCAGAUGCUGGAGCAGUAUGACAAAUUGGAGGACGGCAGUACCAAAAUGAAGCCGCUGAUGGGCGUGAUUUACGUGCCUUUAACAGACAAAGACAAGCAGUGGUCAAGGUGGAAGUGACUUCCUGUCCUCUGUCCCCUCUCUCUUCUAGGGCACAGGGAUGAACUUUGAAAGGAUGAUCUGGCAAUACUCAUCGCACCACAUGCGCUCACACACACACACACACACACACACACACACACACACAAUGCACAUCCAAAUGGACUUCACUGAGGAGAGCUUGUAUAAAUGCUCUAUUUCCAUACCUGCGACAGUCUGACGGUCUUGAAAGAUGGAUGUAUCGAUCGGAUUCUUUUAUUUAAAAAGGAAAAAGCGGAAUAGGGCUUCGUGCUGAGAUUUUCCUGCCUGCAGUUUGAGGAUUGUGUGAAAUGCAUUUUUUUGUUUUUUUUGGAGGGUGGGGGUUAUUUGACGCAGGAGCAGAUUUCUUGAUGACUUCAGUAUUACGGUCAGUUGGAUUGUUCACACAUCUCAGCGUGAUGUCGGCCUUCGUGCUGAAUCCAGUCUGUGAUUAAAACAUAAUUCAAUGCUACAUUAUGUGUAGGGAUGUCUUUGCUCUACAAAUCUGUGUUAAUAGUAAUGGCUUGUGUUUUCAGCUGAAGCAUGUGAUGCCCAGAUAAAAUAAACCACUUAACAUUCGAUAAAUUCGUUAGAGGAUUCUAUAGUAAGCCGCAGGAGGCCAUGUUUUACAGUGAUCUUACUGUGGUUAUGGGAUGCAGUUUCAAUGGCUCGGUAUGGGAUAAUGUACAGACAGCUGGCCGUUAGAACAAACCGAUCCCUGACACCGAGCUUACCCACCGAAUAAAUAAGUUGCAAACCUUUUAAUACGUGAGAAGGAGUGCAGAAUGAUAUAAGAAAUUGUUUAUCUGUGAUCAGCUAUUCUCCUAGGCAUAGUUAGAAGAGUGUGUACAAACCACAGGAUGCUGCCGUCAACCAAUCACAAGGUGUUUCACAGAACCCAGUAUAAUAUUUGCUAUUAGAGUAGCAAUGAUGGCAAUACGAUAAAAGACUCCAAUGUUAAAUAACUAGCUUUUCUGAAAAAAGGUCUAUAACAAUGUAAUAAUGCAAACAAUUUCUCCAGGCAAGUAAUAUAAUCAGUUAGCUAUAACUUUAGGCUUUUUGCAGUUGCCAAGCAAUUCAGCAACAUAAAUAUAGACAGAUGGACACAGGUGUGUGUGUGUGUGUGUUUAGGGGUUUUUACAACAGGUAUUUUGCAAAGAGUAUCCGAUACGCUAAAUUGCCAAAAGUAUUGGACCCCCCCUUUAAUAAACAGUUUUGACUAUUUUAGUAACAAAAAUCUUAAUUUUUAAGCAUAUAAUGAUAUUGGAUUGUGCGCUUCUUAUGUGCUAGCAACAGUUUGGAUGGGACCCUUUCGUGUUCUAACAUGACAAUGCAUCUGCGUCAAAGGCAUUCAUUCAGCGUGGAAGAACUUAUUGGUCUUCAGAAACCAUGCUAAACAGCUUUAAAUGUGUGACUAUAAUCAGGACUAUAACUCAAGAACAAAUAGCUAUGAUACCAUACAUUAUAUGGUCAAAAGUAUUGGGAUGUCAAAAGAACAGAAAAGGAAAACAACUGGCAACAGAAAUGCUGACUUUGUAAAGCUUGUAUUUCCAUCUAUUGCAACCAUUUUGGAGGUGUCUAAAAUAACUAUAACCGUAUGUACAAGUCACUGGUGUUUUAGUUUUUGGCUCAAAGUCUGCAUUUAAAGGCUUGCUUAGUUGAAGACGCAUUAUUUUCCAGAGAUUAUCGUCGAUUUGAUGCUAUUUAAACCUGACUGAGCUGGACAAUGAUGUAUCUGCAUUCAAUAAUGAAAAUUGAGUGGUCAAUCUUAAACAUUAAUUCUAUUCUUCUGUUUGAUACUGUGCACUAUAUAAAUAAAGGUGAUUUGAUCUGUCCGAACUGUUGCUAUAAAACAAAAAGCACGUUCUUCCCUAGAAUGUCAUUAUAUUAGGAUUUUGUACUUGUGGAGUAUUCAAACCUGUUCAUUAGGUGGAGGUGCCGCAAUACUUUUGUGACGUAUGCAUUGAAAUUUUAGAAAUCAACUCCAGAAUGCUAAAAUAAUGAUGUUGUUCCAAACGCAUAUUAUUUUCUUUGUUUUGUGAAACACGACAGGUGCUUUUCCAAAUGACGAAAUGUAAUGUUUUUAAUAAAAGGUAUGUGUUAAAUUCAUAACCGUCGCCUUUAGAUUUGAUGUUGUGGAACCCAAACAAUACCGGUUCUCGGCAACUAUAAUAAACACGAGAUUUGAGAGCUACUGCGUCGUUUGGUGGAAGGGAAGGUCAAAUCUAAAGCCUUGGCUUAGACAGAAUGCAUGAGUUGUGCGCAUAGACUACUUUUAUGGGACUUUCGUGUGCUUGGAGCAAAAAAAUCAUCCACUUUCUUUAUUUGGAAAACAGAAUCUUCAACAUUUUUGCGUAUUUCACAGAAAAAUAAGAAGUUGGGUCGCGAGUUCAGAGCACAAGUGUAGCGAUAUUACUGCUACACUUUUUUUGUGUUUCACAUCACUGCACUGCUCAAAAUAAGCUUGUCUAUAUUAUCUAACAUGCAGCAAGUAAAGUCCCACUCAGACCACGCUAAACCUUCAGUGGUCACUUUGAUUGUAAGCGGUUUUCAAUGCCAAUUCUCUGUGCAUGUUUGUGUGUUACCUGCACGCACAAACGUGGCUUUUGACAAAUAAACUCACUGCUAAGCAAUGA